AUGCUUAAGGUUUUUGAAAAACGGCGCGCCCUUGAAGACAAGAUGCUCCUGUUAGCAGAGGAGAUGGAGACACAAGAAGCACCACAUCUCUUAGCAGAAUAUGCCCAGAUUCAGGAGCAGCAUGAACGGCUCGGCGGUUACGACUAUGAACAUCAGAUUAACCGAAUUCUUAGCGGCUUAGGUUUCGCUGAAUUGGAUUUUAAUUUUCCAAUUCGCGUUCUGAGCGGGGGUCAGAAGAGCCGGGCAACACUCGCAAAACUUCUCCUUGAAAAGCCUGACCUGUUGCUCUUCGACGAACCGACGAAUCACCUUGAUAUUAAAGGGAUUGAGUGGCUCGAAAAUUAUCUCAAUAUCGAAUAUAACGGUGCAGUUCUUGUUGUCUCGCACGACCGUUAUUUUUUGGACAAGGUUGUUCGAAAGGUUUGGGAACUCGAAGCACAUAAGAUAAAAAUAUAUCGUGGGAACUACUCCAAGUACGUCGAAACCAAAAACGUUGAAAAGUUAGUUGGAGAACGCGCAUUCAAGAAACAACAAGCGUUUGUUGAACACGAAGAGGAAUUUAUUCGCCUCAAUAUCGCAGGACAGCGGACACGAGAAGCACAAGGUAGACGGAAAAAAUUAGCGCGACUGGAGAGAGUCGAAAAACCUAAGCACGAUGCGCGAACGCUUAAACUCAACUUUACACCUGAAACCCGCGGUGGAAACGACAUCCUUCGAUGCAAAAAUGUCGGCAAAGCGUUCGGCGAAAAGGCAAUCUUCAAGGAUCUGAAUUUUGAGGUAUACCAUCGUGAUGUUGUGGGAAUUAUCGGGGCAAAUGGUACGGGAAAAACAACUCUUUUCCGUAUGAUUUUGGGAGAGGAGUCCGCUACAGAAGGCGACAUGUGGGUAGGUCCUACGCUGAAGUUUGGAUACUAUACGCAAGAAUUGGAGGGACUCAACCUCAAUAAUGAGAUCAUUGACGAAAUCUGGGAACUUCGUCCACAGCAGACCCAAGGUGAGAUACGCAGUUUCUUAGGUAAGUUCUUAUUCUCCGGCGAUGACGUUUUCAAACAGAUCGGGAACCUGAGCGGCGGUGAGCAGAGCCGUGUACUACUCGCCAAGUUGCUAUUAGCGAACGCCAACGUGCUCUUACUUGAUGAACCGACGAACCACCUUGACAUACCGGCGCGUGAAGCAUUAGAAGCAGCACUGGCGGAAUAUCCUGCAACGCUUUUUAUUAUUUCUCACGAUCGGUACCUUUUGAACAGUCUCGCGACGAAACUAUUAAUUUUUGAUGGGAUGCCUGGAGGGACGGCGACCCUCUUUGAAGGCAACUAUGCCGAGUACAUAGCACAGCAACAAGAAAACGAAGAAGAUAAGCAGCACGAAAACGAACAAGAAUCGCAGCAGUCGCAAACGCCACCGCAGAAAAGCAAGUCGAAACCGAAGCGAAAGCGGAAAAUAAAAGCACAACGUCUCGUCGGCAGCAAUUAA